AUGCUCGACAACGCUUCGCCCGCUGGAAUCCGGGUGAACACGAUCGUUCUUGCGUUCACACUCGUUGCUGGAACCGUUGUUUUUCUACGACUCUUCACAAGGCUGGUAUUGACAAAGGGGGCUGGCUUUGAAGAUGUCUGCAUCGCUAUUGCUAUGGUCUUGUCGAUUGCUCUCGCAGUGGUUACCUCGGAGCAGGUAAUGCACGGUCUUGGGAAGCAUCUUGAUAAUCUUUCUGCUGGAGAUGCUACCGCAGCUUUGCAGAUGUUCUGGGCUAGCCUCUGGAUUUAUAACCUCGCUCUUACUACAACCAAAGUAUCCAUCCUCGUUCAGUACAUCAGAAUCUUUCCCCCACGCCACUUCCGCUGCGCUUGCUAUGCUAUGCUGUGCAUCGUUGCUGCGUGCGGCGCCUGGGGCAUAUUUGGUAAUGUCUUUUUGUGCUACCCCAUCAACUUCUUCUGGGACAAAUCCGUCAAGGACGGGCGAUGUAUGAACGAGUACAUUGCGUGGUUCAGCACGGCGGGUCUGAACAUCGCGCAAGAUGUGAUCAUUCUUUUUCUUCCGAUUAGGGUUAUCCGAAGCCUCCAAAUCAGCAGAAGUCGGAAGAAGGGACUGAUUACCAUGUUUGCCCUUGGUGCCAGUGCCAUUGUGGUAUCGACCGUUCGUCUCUACUCCUUGGAUAACCUUGCCAACUCGAAGGACGAGACCUUUGAAAACUCUGAUCAAGCCAUUCUGUCCGCUGUUGAAGUGAACGUAGGCAUUAUCUGUGCCUGUCUCCCAGCGAUGCGCCCUCUAUUUGCUGUAAUGAUGCCCAAGUACUUUUCGUUAACAUCCGCGUACACGACCGUACCAACCAACGACGUCGAGCGGCCCAAGGAUGUGCGCGCACUGUCUGUUAGUACUCGAGUGGACACACCAACCCAAUCCCUACGACCCUGCUACUCGCGGGCCGGCAGCAGCAAUUUUUCCGUCGACACGCGCCCUCACACCUCUGGGCAGGCUAGCCAGCGCACUCAAUCACGGAACGGAAGCAUAGCGCACUCGCGCAGUGGAUCGAACCUCUCAGUGACCACACCGGGCCGUACCAUGACAGGGCCCUUCCAAGGCUCCGCGCUGAACCCGCUGCGCAUGUCUCCCGUAACACCGUUCGCACCACCUAUCUCGCACCGUCUCGGCGGGCUGUCCGAAGACGACACGGUCAGCCUGGGACCAGGGGUCUACAGUCGCCGGCCCAGCGAAACCAGUAUCAGCCUGACGCGGCUGCCCGCGUCGAGACGGCCGUCGCGGACGUCCGUGAGCACCAAGCCGCUGCCGCUGACGCCGUUUCCCUUGGGCAGCGGCGACUGGACGCGGGCGCGUAUUACGCCCAUCCCCAGGCCGGCCGAGGACGCGUGA